ACCGUAUCCUUCAUUCAUUGUUGGCUUCCUGGAGCCAUUUUCAGCUGAAGAGGUUGCGCUCCGCUUCAACCGAACAAUCCAAACCAUCUGCUGAUAUGAAGAUAUUAUGUGCGGAGACAUGUUAACAUAUCGGUAGUUAGGACGUUCGUCUAAUGGUGGCCGUGAAUAUUGGCAACGGAAUCGCGGCGAAUAAGCAGAUAUAAAGGUCUAAACCAGGGAAGGGACAAAAGGCAUUCGAGUCCACAAAGAUGAGAAGAGGGAUAACAUCAGCCACGGAGAAAGUAAUUAUUACAGGAGUCGGUGGCUCUUCGCUCGAUAAAAACGUAGUUUUGACAGCAUUAUCCGAUCGGUUAACAUCAACUCUUCCCACUACCACGUAUAUACAUAUUAUAACCCCGCCGCCCAACAUUUCUCAAACCUCAAGUAUCUGCUUGUCUGAACCUGCAAAUGGCAAUUUGUACUCCACUCCCCACGGAGCUUCACUUGGAGCAGGACAGCGACCAACUUUAGGACGUCCACCGGCGAAGAGGCGGCUGGCGUUGGAUGAUUCGGAUCAGCUCUCUUCCACUCAGCUGGGAUCGACUCCUAAGGGCAGAGAUGGCCCCUCUCUGGCCAACGUCAGACCCUGCAAAACUCCAAAGUCUCCGGCUGAUAAGGAGAAGUCGCGGUACGACACGUCCCUGGGUCUCCUGACCAAGAAGUUCCUGCAGCUGCUGAGCCAGUCGCCAGACGGCGUGGUGGACUUGAACUGGGCCGCCGAGACGCUCAGUGUCCAGAAGAGGCGUCUCUACGACAUCACAAAUGUCCUGGAGGGCGUGCACCUAGUCAAGAAGAAGUCCAAAAACAACAUUCAGUGGAUGGGUUGCAACCUGUCGGAGGCAGGGGGCGUUGGGAACCAGCGGCAGGCCCUGAGCAGCGAGCUGGCCCGACUGCAUCAGGAGGAGCUACGGCUGGACCAGCUCAUCACCAGCUGCACCCAGGACGCCAAGCUCAUGACCGAGGCCCCCGCCAACCAGAAGCUGGCCUAUGUGACGUAUGAAGAUCUGCGGCGCUUAAGUGGUCUGAAGGAUCAGACUGUCAUCGUGGUGAAGGCGCCGCCGGACACCAAGCUCGAGGUGCCUGACCCAGAGCAGAAUUUACAGGUCCACUUGACCAGCACUAAGGGCCCCAUCGAUGUCUUCCUGUGCCCGGAGGAAAGUGAGACAGACAGCCCUAUCAAAGAUGGUGGCCAAAGUAGCGCUUCCACAACAUUCAUGAAGGUGUCAGAUGACGGUGACAAAAGGUGCUCAUCCCCAGCAGUGGCAGUGACCAACCUAUCCCCCAUCGACUCGCCCUUCACCAGCCUCCUACUGCAGACGGAGGACCAGAACCCAGCUGCCUCGGACCUUUCCUUCCUCAGCCUUUCCCCCCCACUGCUCCAGGAUGACUACCUGCUUGACCCCGACGAGAUCGUUGGCAUCAGUGACCUCUUCGACACCAACAACCUGGACAAGCUGCCCCUGGACUACCUGCUGUGCAACUGACCACCUGCAGUAGCCCCAGUCUGACAGCGGGGGGCACCAGUUGAGUCGAUAGACUCUUGCCGCCUCCUGUCCGUUUGCCAGGUCAUCAUCACUGCUGACUGCCAGUGGUGUCUCAGUUCCUAAGACCUCUUGGAAUCAAAUAUGAUAAUUACCACCCAAUGCCAAUACUAAUCCAUACCAACCAAUUAGCUCUGAAACAGGUGACCAGUGGGCACACCAUCAUGUUUAUAAGAAGACUUCAGGUCAGUGGGUGUCUCUGUUUAGCCUGUUGAGGAGCCCCAUUCAGCUGUUUAGCAGAGCCAGGAGCCGGUGCUUGUCUGAGGGAGAUAAAGGUCUGACGUUUUAUAAUUAUUAUUAUUAAUAUGGAAGUUAAUAUAAAUUAUAAAGAUAAAUUAGAAAGAUGGGAUAGUGGUGGAGUGUGUGUGUGUGUUGUGUUUUUUGAUCAAGUGAGCAGUCCUGCUUUUCCGCGUCUCUUUAUGUACAGCUACAUAUUUGCGCAUGUUUGAUUUAAGACGAAUGCAAAAAUCACGAGACCACUGGUCCUUUGUGGUCUCCGCCUGCUCGUAGCCUGGUCACACAGAAGCAGCACAGCAGGUGCACUUCAACUUUCAAAUCGGCUCUUUGGCUCCUGCAGGGACUUGCUUGCAUGCUUAACGGAAGCGCUCAAACACACUCACACAUGCUACAUGGCUAGCUUUUCCAGCGCGGAUGACCUGUGUUUUAAGGUGAACACUCAGCUGGGUGUUUUUGCAGCUAUGGUGCCUUAACCCCUCUGGAGUUCAGGACCAGCAGGACCCUCACCCCCUCAAACGCACACUCACAGAUUAAUAUGUUUACCUGUGUUGCUAGGUAGCGUUGCCAAGCUGCACCCAUGGGUGGGCCAGGAGUGCUCCCUUUCUGUGUGUGUGUGUGUGUGUGUGUGUGUGGUAUAUUGAAAUUGGCUCUUGUCUGAUGUUUUCUAUGUGAAACGGUUGUUUAAAGAAACAUUUAUUGUCUGAAAGCGAGAUGCUUUGUAAAGGUUUGAUACAAAUGAAAAAAGAAAAAAAAAAAGCAAUAUUGAAGUAUGUGAUUACAUACUCAUGCCUUGUUCACAUGUGUACAUGUUGCAUCAAGAGGACCGACAUCAUGAGUCAUGGAAUAAUCUCAUGUCAAGCUCAGUGUUGAGCAGUUCAUAAACGGCUCAGUCAAGAUAUGUCUUAACCCCACGAUGGAAAUGUUGUGCCCUCAACUCUUCAUUACCCGCCGCCUUUCAAAAUGGCUGGACCUCAUAUUAGGGCGGAGAAUGAUUUCCUGGAAUGAUUUCCUGGAAUGAUUUUACUUAAAUGCACUUUAUACUGCUUUUGGUCCCAGCAAGGAACUGUACCUGUUUAACCACAUGGCCAAAGGAGGAAUGCAGGACGACUUCCCUUGCAGGCUCAUUUUCUGUCUUUUAUGAAGAAACAUUUGAAAGGGAUUCCCUCAAGACAGAGGGAUUUCGAAAUAUUUGAACUUGCAUAAUGCUUGUCCAUUCUGUCAUCUUAGAAUUUAUUUAUGUACCAUAAAUAAGUAAUUUUCUAAUAUAUCUGUCAUUUGAAAUAUACUGCUUUGUCUAAAUGAAAGUGUGUGUGCAUACUGUAUGUAUGUGUGUUGACGAUUGUGUCUCUUGAAAGCUUUGCUUAUAUGCUCAGUAAAUAAACUAAGCACCAAGUUGAAGUUAUUUUGGUCCGCAUGUGAUAUUAACUAGAUGGGGGGCCUCUUACGUUUUGAUAUCCAAUGUUUAUCAUAUUCUAUCCUACUGGAGCUUGCUGCAGGAGUCGUAGAUUUUGACAUUGGCCCAACUGCACCUGACUGACCUACACCGGAUCAUGGCCUUAUGGAAGCUUUGACGUUGCUAUGCCCUCAGUUUAUCCAAUGUACAGUAUUUGGUGUUAGUUAAAGUCACUUGCAUACUUUUAUUUUCUCAUUGGGAGCAGGGAAACAGAUUUGUAUGUCUCAUUUGUAAGGCUGUACUGAUCAUGGGCAGGUUCAGUCAGUGUGUGGACUUAGCGAUUUAGUUAACAGUAGCUGUAGAGAGACAGGCAGGUGGUUUCUGAUCAAAGGUGUUCGUACCGUCUGUCACCAUUAUGGUACUUGUGCAUCCACGUUAUUGUGUAGAAAUAGUGCCUUCAAAAUUCUUUCCUGCCACAGGUGAGCAGUGUGGUACAAAGCAAACCAAUGCUGUGUUUUCUCUUGCCUCAAUCCUGCAACUGUGAUCGGGUUACCAGCUAUUGCAGUCAUUGUAGCUGAUGUUUGUUUCCUGUACUUCAAUCAACCACACAGAAAGGAAAAAAAACACCAUAAUAUUGCUGCUAUUGCUUUCAGUUUUAAUAACUACAAUGCUAACAUUUAGUUAUAGAAUGGCUGUGCGUAGAGCUGCAUAUUAACGGAAAACCUAAACCAAAUCCUACCCUUGGAGUGGCCUUCUGGAAAAAAAAAAGUUAUUUAUUACAACCACAAUUGCUGAUUCUGUGUUGCAGUAAUAUAUUUUAAAAUGCAAUCCCUUCUAAGCUUCUGCUCUGAACUCCGAUGAAUGGAUUGAAGGGUUCUGUGUUUUUUUAGGGAAAGCUACAGAGGAACCCACGCCCCUCUUAACCCUUAAAGGUGUAGGUUUUUGAACAUUCUAAGUUCCGCAACAAUUGAAGGUUCUAAAAUUCUAUGUUGAAUUCAAUGAACCCAGAUAUUCUUUAGAAUGUUCAUUUCUCAACAUUCCCGUCACACCGGUGUGACUACUCCUUUAAGGGUUAAUGACAGCCAAUAUGUAAUAUACCCAAGUCCCAACUCUCCAUGUUGAGGCCAGUCUUAGUUUUCACAUGUAUUAGUUAUGACUCAAUCUGGUUGUUAAUGCAUUGGGGAGGCUAAGAGGACCUAACUGACUGCUGCUUAACUUUGUUCUAUGUUCUAAAAUGGUGUUCUUCAGCAUGAAUGAUGAGCAGCUUGGGCUGAGAGUAGAGUUGAUGAGAUGAAUGUUACAUAGUUAUUUGAAGACCAUGUCAAAAGAGUUUUGCAUUUUUGAUGUGAGUGCAUGUGGGGAAUUCACCCAUAAAUGCUCCUGUAUUUCAUGUUUUAUAGAAAUGUGUGUAUUUAAGAGUUAUGUAUUUUAUAUUCACUG